CCAAGAUAUCCUUUGCAUGACAGCUCGCUCCGCUCGUUGGAACGCCAAUUUGAAGGUGACGACAGCUUUACGCUUGAACACCUUUCUGACUGCGUUGAGUCCAUUCAGCGCCACAAGUACGACUUGGUCUCCUAGGUCGGGAUUCAUACAGGUAGCUUGCGCCAGAGCCAAAAGGUUUGACCGCUCGAAAGGCGCUGUCCUUCUCAAUCAUCACUCGAGCGUGCUUUGACUACGUACUACAGUAGCACGCCACGGAAGAGGCGGACGCGAUGUUAGGUGGUCAGCAUCUAUACUGCCCGACCAGCGUGCAUCACGCUGCCCCUCGUAUCUCAACGAACGCACUCAAGAUUGUUGAUGUGUUGCCACUGCGAUUUGACUGCUUCCGCCUUGGCGUCGCAUCGAUUGGCUCCCGUUCAAAAGAUGAUAUCAGCGAUGGCGUUACUCGUGCCGAGCUGGUGAGGCACAUUCACUCAGAUGCCCAAAGGCCCGCUACUGUCCAUGCUCAACAUGCUCGUGUUACUGCUUCUUGGGACGGUAUCCUUGGGACGGUAUCCUUGGUCACCGAAUCUCAGUGACCCGGCGAGCUUCGAUGCGGAAGUCGGGCCCCAAGUACGAAAGGAGAUUGCCGGACUCCAGUGCGACGGAAAGCAUCCAUCAACAACAUAACACCAGUGUCCGACUUGAAAUAUAUUGAUGCACAGUCGGCACCACUGAAGCUGAUAAUCCCAUCUCAAUUUGUCGCUCAGGCACCACUCGACCCGACAGACACGAUGCAAAGCCUCGAGCUCCGGCGGUCAGAGAGAGGAUACAGCAUUACAGCAUCCAAUACCUAUGCAUUCCAAUUGCAGCGACAUGUCGCUCGUGCCUG